CAUGUUAUAACCAGGCCAGUUAGCGAGGCGUUAGUCAGUCAGUCAGUCAGUCAGUCAGUGGAGUUGAAUGAGUUGGUUGGUAAAUGAGUCAGAGAACUGCCGAGGUUCAUUUGUUGUGAGCUGCUGCUGUUAGAAGCUGGUAGCUGAGGCCGAGGGACAGUUCGGGAACGCUGAGGAAGAGGAACGUCAGCCGUUGGAAGUCGUUACCAGAGGAUGGUGAAGACACGGCAGGCUGAGAAGACUUAAGUGUGUGUUGUAGUGAGCUGUAAAGUGUGUGAAUUAGUGAUAUCGGUAUAAUUACUUGCAAUCAAGGAUCUGUAAGCGUUCAAUAAAUCCAAUUACCAAUCCAAACGCCGUUACAAUUUGUAUUACUAUGGUAUCCAUUUUGUUACGGAGUUUGAUACGUUCCUGCACGUACACUUUGCAGGACAAAUUAAGUUUGAUUCAAGUACAAAUCUGUUUGCUGAUGUACCGUGAUAUAAUGGUGUAAUACUUGAUUCACCUUGCAGGGACGCACCAAUCCUGGCGCAGCCACCAACAUGCGACUGUCUCUCGUGUUUGAGCUUCUGCUCAUAUUCAUCUUGCUGGCCUUCGCAGCCUCCAGAGUGAUCAGUAAGUAUGGCACUUCGACUCACACGAUGCUCUCAUACGUGUAGCAACGGCAUGAAAACUCCUGAAACUGUAUUUCCGUUGCAGAAUCUCCGCCCCUGGUUGAGGGGAAUCCCGCUCGCCAAGGCCAACCGAACCGCUAUUGCGCGUGCACCAACUUGAUGUGCAACUGCUGUCGAGAGUUCUCUCUAGCUGUAGUGCCCAUCAAAGGACCUGGAUGUGCCACCUUGACCUACCUCUCAGGGGACUCGCUGAUGGUUACGAUGAGUUUCGGGGACCGAGUGCUACAUAACACAACUAUAACCGGGAGGAAGCCCAAGCCUGUCUGUAUGCCUCUGCCUGGCGGCAUCUCUAAGUUCUGCGGGCGUGUGUACGGCAUCUCGCGCGAGGGACAGAACUUCAAGGCAUGUCUUGGUCUCGAGCUGCGAGCCCUCGACGACCUGGAAGCUGCUCUCCGGGUCUCCUGCUUCCGGUUUGGGCCUCAGGGUUUGAACUUGGAGGCGGCACCUCCGAUCCCUGCGACUGAAGCUACUGAAGACGACGACGACGACGACGAUGAUGAUGAAUAUGGUAUAGUCGAUGACGAUGACGACGACGACGACGACGAUGAUGACGACUUCGGAAUUGUCGACGACGACGAUGAUGAUGAUGAUGACGACGACGACGCCGACGACGCAUCUGAGAAUGACGUUUCCCCGGAUUAUGAAGGAUUUAGUGUUUUCGGAGGCGAUUUCUUGGGCGGUCUCUUUGGUGACAGUAACAAGAAAAAGAAACCCACGAACGUUAGCAAACCUCGGCCUGUUCUUCGACCGCUGAAGGCGACUUCAGAGACGCCGAUUCUUAAUCCCACCCCGAGACCAGCGAAGCCCACAGCAAAGCCCACAGCGAAACCAGUGAGGGUGCGCACGACAGCGAAACCAGCCCGCAGACCCACUCCCACAACAAGGAAACCCCCUCACAGAUUUACCAGGACCACGACAAGCACCACCACACCUAAACCUGUGACGAAACUUCCAGAAGUGCCAGUCACAGUGAGCGCUGAAGAAGAACAUGCUACAUCGACUGCUAUCACAAUUACGGUGGUGCAGGAUAAUGAAGCAGAGACUGUGCUGCCAGAUACGUCAAGUGACAUCAUGGCUCAGGGCGAAGCAGAGAAAUCAGAAGCCACUACUGUGGGUGAGAUUCAGACAACACUGGUCCCGGAAAUGACGACUGCAGGUGGGGUUUCAGACAUCGCAGGCACUGUACAAGACCAGAAGAAAGAAGAAGCGCACGAAACAUAUGACGACGAAGAUGAUGAUGAUGAUGAUGAUGAUGAUGAUGAAGACGACGACGAUGAUGACGAUGACGAUGAUGAUGACGACGAUGACGAAGAUGAGGACGGUGAUGAUAAUGAUGAGGCCAAUGAGAGCGAGACGACUUCAGAAAGUGAAGCGGCAGGGAGCAAGCCGAAUGAAAGAAACGAAGAAAACGAGGACGACGACGAUGAUGAUGACCUUGACCUAGGUUUGGACGAUGAUGAUGAGGACGACGACGACGGUAAGGGCAGAAGACACCACAACACAGUAGUGGCGCUACGCAGCGGCAGGACACACAGACGGAUGCGAUUAGAGUGACGGUGAAUCGCCGCUCUGGUUACACUUUCCGAAGACACUACCGGUUUUACAAUUAUUUAUUGUUUAUAAUUUAUUGAAAU